AUGUGGCGCAGAAACAACAGACCUACCUGUCGUAUGUGGCAGAUGGGUCGCUGCCCCCUGAACAGCAUCCAGUGCGAGUUCCGUCAUGUCGAUCCUUCUGGUUCGACUGCGCAGCCUAUGUUGCAAGAAGCUUUUGUCCCUCAGCCUCGCACCCCAGAUCGCAAUGGCGACCACAACAUACAUAGAGAGAGACAGCUUAUGCUUGCCGAAGGCUUUGCUGUUCAGUCGCCUGGUUCCCCUGAUGACUCUGGCAGUCAAACGGUUCGCAGGAACAGGCAGCCAUUGCAGGAGAUUGUUCUUCCUGCUUCUCUGACCGAGGCUGUCAGUUUGGAUGAUGUCCAUGAAGAGGUUGACCAGAGCACUUGGGGAAGUCCGAGAAGUAGUCCUCGGCGUUGGGCUACUGGAGAGAUGCAGCCCAGGGCAUUUGGUAAGUUGUCUUUGUUGACUGGAUAA